CACUACUUGGGGGUCUUGCCAGGGAACGAGGAGGGAGGGGAUAUUUUAAUGGCCGUCACUAGCACUACAGAAUGAAAAAAGUCCGGAUUAUCUACUAUUUUUAGACUGUAAUAGUCACGGGUGCGUUGUGGUCGCUUUUCUUCUCUAACGAGCAUUGCUCUCUGGGCAUAUUCGAGUUGGAGAUGUGUUUCUAAUGUUGUUUGUGCUGCGAUGAACGGAGUUUAACCGCUUGAUUUGUGCGCGAGUGGGAGAUCAGGCCUAGCCGGUUGGCUAAAAAACAAGCGGACGUUUAGCUAGUCGCCGGAGUUGUAAGGUAAUAUGUAACAUAAAGAAGCCAACAUGACAUCUAGAUUUGGUAAAACAUACAACCGCAAGGGAGGGGAGGCCAAUUCUAAAUUUGAAGAGGUCUUCUCCAAUAAAAAGCCCACACUGACCACCAGAUGGGGAGAGACCACCUACAAGGCUCAACUGGGGACCAAAAGGCCUCUGUUAAAACCUGGAGUGUCUGAGCUUUCCAAGAGGCCCAGGCUUGAGGACAGUGACAGCGAAGAAGACCCAUUUGGGUUUGACAGUGAUGAUGAGUCCAAGACUCUUACCUCUCACAGUGUGUCCCAGUCAAAAGUCAGUGAUGGAAACGUGACAAAGAUGACCACGGUGCAGGGUGGUGAGACAGCUGCUACCUCUGCGCAGGGUUCUACAAGCUCAACAGCCAAGGUCACAAGCAAGCAAAUAUCUGACGUGAAGGUUGUUAAAAAUAACCAACCUUGGUUCAAAAGUACAUCUGACAGCAACCAAAAACCUGCAUAUGUGGCCUCUGUGUCAGACACAGUCCCCUCUGAUGAUCAGAACUUCUUGGCGUCCCAGAGACCCACGUCCUCCUCUGUUAAUAUAGACACCUCCCUUAAGCUGUCCACUGAUGGACCAGGUGACUCCCAUAUCUCUUCCUCUUAUGAUGGACUGACAUCAGAAGAGAUAAAAAGUGCUGAGCUGGAGCCUCCACCAGAACCAGUGGACAAUAUCCCCCCUUCCCCUUUUACCCUAAGAGCCUCAAACUGCAAGAAAUACCAGCGGCCUGGCAAGUCUGUCACAUCUUCUGAUCCAGCUGAAAAUAACAGCAACACUGAAACAGCGAAUGCCCAAGUUAAACCCAACAGUGUCCUUUCUGCUAGUGCAAGUAGUACUGCUGCCAAUGCUAAAACAGCAGCCAAGCCUGCAGGCAGAGGUGGUGGGAGGGUUCGGGACUACACGGUUCUGCACCCUUCUUGUGUGUCUGUGUGCAACGUCACUAUCCAGGACUCAAUAGAGCGAAGCAUUGAUGAACUGGUCACCCCAGCUGCCCCUGCUGACCUUGGAGAAGCAGGCCAGAUGAAGAAGAAAUCAGAUGCUGUCCCACCCAAACCUACCAGGUUCAGACCCACUCAGACAAAGACCAAGAAGACUAAGACUGAGACCAAGCUAGAGUUUUUUGGAUUUGAGGACAAAGAGGACCAGGAGGGUGAGGAAGGUCCUGAAAGCGGCAUGGCAGGCAAGAGUAGCUACAAGAUCAAGUACUUUGGCUUCGAUGACCUGAGCGAGAGUGAUAGUGAUGAGGAGAACUCUCAUGUCAAAGAGAAGAAAGCCAAGAAGGCAGCUGCAGCCUUAGCUGCUCUGAGCUCCAGUGUGGACAGCCCCCAUACCAGUGACUCCCAGGACAGCCAGGCCAGCAGCAAUACAGAUACUUUUGAGUUUUCUGAUGACUCCAGUCCUGGGGGCACUGAGGGGCAAAAGGGACGCUCAGGGAAGCCAAGUGACAAAUCCAAGGACAUUGGCAGUGGACUCAAAAAGAUCUUCAGUGGACCCAAAAAGCUAACUAACAAGUUCUUCUUAACCCUUACUGGGUUCCAGUCCCCUGCUAAAGCUGUGUACAACGCUCGCCACUGGAACCAACCUGAACCUGAAGAGAUUCCUGUGCCGCCACUUUCUCGAUCUCAGACUGCUCCGGCCAUUUUAUCGAGCAGCAGCAAGGACAGCAACUCCCAUAAAGAUGAUGGCUUGUUCAAAGCCCCUCCACCGCCGCCCAAAGUCAUUAAGUCAGAGACCAUCCCCACACGACUCAACCAGGAUAUUGUCACGGCGCUCAAAUGCAGGAAGGAGCACAAGGAGCUGUACACCGUGGUGCAGCACGUGAAGCACUUCAAUGACGUGGUGGAGUUUGGAGAGAAUCAAGAGUUCACAGAUGAUUUUGAGUACCUGGAGACAGGGCUGAAGAGCAGCCAGCCACUCAACACAAGAUGCCUUAGUAUUAUUAGCCUGGCUACACGGUGUGCCAUGCCCAGUUUCAGGAUGCACCUGCGAGCCAGAGGGAAAGUGGCUCAGGUCUUCAAAAUUCUCAGUGAUGCUCCACAACACCCGAAUCUUGCACUGUGCACGGCUUCGCUGAUGUACAUCCUGAGUCGGGACCGCCUGAACAUGGAUCUGGACAGGGCCUGCCUGGAGCUUAUGAUCAAGCUGCUGGAGUUAGACCAGGACUACUCGGCCCACCAGGAUCAGCUGACAGCAAAGGAGGUGGAGAAGGUCAAGGAGAAAAUCAGGAAGCUGUGUGAGACUGUGCACAACAAGCACCUCGAUUUGGAGAACAUCACGACGGGCCACCUUGCCAUGGAGACAUUGCUCUCUCUAACCUCCAAGAGAGCUGGAGAUUGGUUCAAAGAAGAAUUGCGGCUGCUGGGAGGUUUGGACCAUAUUGUAGACAAAGUUAAAGAGUGUGCGCAGAACCUGAGCCAAGAAGACGACAAGGAGAACCUUGUAGCAUCUUUAUGGGGGGCUGAGAGGUGUCUGAGAGUGCUUGAAAGUGUGACAGUGCAGAACCCAGAAAACCAGGGUUACUUAAUUGCCUACAAAGACUCACAGCUUAUUGUCUCCUCUGCCAGAGCUUUGCGGCACUGUGAGGAUAUGAUCCAGCGGUACAGCAGGGCAUUGAACAACAGCUCUCUGUCAUUGUCUGGUGCAACGCUGCCCCACUGCAGCUUCAGUAACGUUGGCAAGGCGGUGGAGGACUGCAUGAGGGCUGUUAUAGGAGUGCUGCUCAACCUUACCCAUGACAAUGAGUGGGGAAGCACAAAGACAGGUGAGCAGGAGCAGCUAAUAGUAACUGCUCUGAAUUGCGUCCUGCGAGUUCCACGCUACAUCCCCCCAGAGCAGCGCUUUGACGUGCGAGUCCUGGGUUUGGGUCUACUAAUUAACCUUGUGGAGUACAGCUCCAGAAACCGCCACUGUCUGGUAGACAUGGAGUACAGUGUUGACGGCACCUGUCUGGAAGACAGCCUGGUGCAGCCCGCUGACCCAACACAAUCUGACACAGCUGCAACAUCAGCAUCGGGGCUGCCAAACAUAUCUGAGACUCAGCGAGACGGGGCUGACGAGCCCAAGUCCUCCGGUGCUUUGGUUGCCCUGGUGAAGCUCUUCCUGGAGAGGGAACGAGCCGCCAUCCUGGCUGAGGCCAAGACUGAUGACCUCAUCAGCGAGGCGCCCAAGCCGGCACUGGACCAAAGUGGAGAGUGGAAGGAGACGUCGGGAGAGAUCCAGUGGGUGGCAGCUGAAACCAACGACAGCCAAACUGAGAAGAAAGAGAGUGAGAAGAAAGAGGAGGAGGAUGAAGAGUUGGACCUAAAUAAAGCUCUGCAGCAUGCAGGCAAGCAUAUGGAGGACAGCAUCGUUGCCUCCUACACCGCUCUGCUGCUGGGCUGCCUGUGCCAGGGCAGUCAGAUAAAUGUGACUACUGUGAGAGAGCAUCUACCUAAAGGGGAUUUCUCCAUCAUGACAGAAAUGCUGAAGAAGUUCUUGAGUUUCAUGAACCUCACUUGUGCCAUGGGCACCACAGGACAGAAGUCCAUCUCUCGGGUCAUCGACUACCUGGAGCACUGUUAACAGACAGCCAGAGGCCAAACUCACACUGCACACCAAAAGGGAUCCCAGGCUAUUCCGGUGCCCCCUACCCAACGGGAGCCACAAGGGGUCAUGGGAGACUCAGCAGCAUUCCCUUGAUUUCACCAGAUCACCCGAUGUGAUCACUCUGAAUUUCAUAGUUGGAGGCGUACGUUGAUGUGCGUGUAAACACACGAAUUUUAAAGUUUCACUCCCUUUCUCGGAGCACAGCCUGAACCAAAGCCCUGCUAUAGCCGACGGACAUGCAGUUCCUUCAAUUCCACUUGACUGACGCCACAUUUGGAGUCAGACUGAGAUCCAUCCUCGGGUCACUGGGAAUCGGUCAGUGGUUGGCAUGAGGUUUCAUACUCGGGGGAGGGGGACUGUCCCUUAUGAAGACGGACUCAAAGCAGAUCCCUUCCUGAAACAUACCCACAAGGUUUGACGGUAACAGGCCACCGAGGUGGAGACUCCUGUCCACUGUCUGGUCUCCAUUCUUGGUCCCCUUAGCUGGAGUGCAAACCUCUGGGUCGGGCUUUACGAAUCGUUAAGUUUUAAUCUUUACUCAUCCCAAUAGAAGCCAAGGCUGAAAUCAUUGAUUAGCAUGGAACAAUCCCCAAUCAUUGUCAUGGAUGUGAGAAAGCCGUCUCUAUGUGUCAGCUUGUGUGGAAUGAUUUUUGAACGCAUACAUCCGUUUACUUACAUAUUCGCUCUUUGCUUGAAUGUUUUAAGGGAAAGAGAGUUUUUAUGUUUUGACUUUUAUGUUCUCAUUGUGCCCAUUAAUUUAGUAAACUGUGAUUUAGGAAGUUGCGUAGUUGUUUCCUCUCAUGUUGUUAGAUUUUUUGUUUUUUUCUUUCCUUUUGGGGCAUUUUUUAACCCAAGUCAUAAAUUCCUUUUUAAAGAAAUCCGGACUAUGUGACAUUGAUAAGAUGUCCUCUGUUUGACUGAUCUGGAAAGUACACGUUUAUAUAAUUUUUGGAUUUCCCUCAUACCCAUUAUCAAUUUGAUCCUAUUUUACUUUGGUUAGAUUAUUUCAAUUUCAGUUAAUUCAGCAGUAUGAAGCGAACAGUAUGCAUUUAACCUCACAGGUAUAAUGGAUGUGAUGAAUUACUAAAAUAAUGGUUUGUGCUUCCUUUUUUAAAUUUGUAAUGUUAAUUUUUGAAAGUGUAUUUAAUUUAAUGCUUUCCUCCUCAAUUGUAAAUGCAAAAUCUUUACCUAGCGAGACGCCAUUUGUGUCGAAAGUUUCACGUCAUGUUUCAUGAAAAUAUGUCCCAUGUGACACAGCUCAGUGGCUGGACGUAAUACACACCUGUGACAGAUUUUGUUUUGAAUUGUGGAUUCAUUUUCAAACUCAUGAAGCUGCAUUGAAUAGAAGAGGGAAUGUAAUUUUUGUGCUCCUGUUAGUCGGCGUGGGGGAUUUCCUGAUGCCGUCAUGUCUUUGUAUGUCCAGCCACAUGUAGCUUCAUGUUUUUGUGUCAUAUUUCUGCGUUGGACACCACGCAUCAAUCUCCCAUUUAUUUAUUCUUCUGUGUUGUCGUCUUACCUGUAACGAUGAUUCUUCGCCUCCACCUUGUACUGCUCACAUGUACGAUCACUGAUUUGAAUGACAGCCAUACCUGUAUAAGCAGAUUAGUUUUAUCUGGUUUGUAAGGCUGCAGUGAACAUGACUGCAACUGCGUUUACUGUUAAUUACUUAGCGAAAAUUCUGGUCUGAAUGGAAUUUUAGAAUGUAAAUACUCCUGUACAUAGCGGUUAAUGGACAUUUAAAAUGCUUAGACUACUUUUUUCCCUGAAGCUGAUAUUUUUAUUUUAUACAAUAUUUCUGAGUUGUCAUUUGGAAAAACCACAGGAAGAGGAAAAAAAACGAUUGUUUGUACCUGUUUCAAGGACAUUGUCUUUGGUUACAUGUAAAUAAUUGUAUCUCAAAAAAGAAAAAAAAAAGUUGCUACUUUGAGUACA